AUGGAGAAUGUGCAUAGACUAUAGAAAAUUAAAUGAUGCAACCAGAAAAGACCAUUUUCCACUACCAUUUGCAGAUCAAAUGUUAGAAAGACUUGCUGGACAUUCAUUUUAUUGAGAAUGCCAUUUGGUUUGUGUAAUGCCCCUGCCACUUUUCAAAGAUGCAUGCUUUCUAUUUUUUUUGAUAUGGUAGAAAACAUCAUAGAAGUGUUCAUGGACGAUUUCUCUGUUUUUGGUGAUUCUUUUGAUGAUUGUUUAGCUAAUCUAUCCACUGUUUUGCAGAGAUGUCAAGAUACUAACCUUGUGUUAAAUUGGGAGAAGUGCCAUUUCAUGGUACAAGAAGGCAUUGUCCUUGGACAUGCUGGUUUUUAUAGAAGAUUCAUAAAAGAUUUUUCCAAGAUUGCUAAACCCUUGAGUAAUUUACUUGUAAAAGAUGCAGAUUUCAUAUUUGAUGAUAAUUGUUUGCAUGCAUUUUCUGUUUUAAAAGAGAAACUGAUUUCUGCACCUAUUCUUGCAAAACCAGAUUGGAAAUUACCUUUUGAACUUAUGUGUGAUGCAAGUGAUAGUGCAGUGGGUGCUGUUUUAGGACAGAGGAAAGAUAGGAAAUUACAUGCUAUCUAUUAUUCAAGCAAAGUGUUAAAUCCUGCACAAGUGAAUUACACAACAACAGAAAAAGAACUUUUAGCUGUUGUACAUGCUUUUGAUAAGUUCAGAUCAUAUUUAAUGGGUUCAAAAGUGAUUGUAUACACUGAUCAUGCUGCUCUUAAAUAUCUUUUGACAAAACAGGAUGCAAAGCCCAGAUUAUUAAGAUGGAUUCUACUCCUCCAAGAAUUUGAGCUAGAGAUCAAAGACAAAAAAGGGAAAGAAAACAGUGUUGCUGACCACUUGUCAAGAUUACCACUUGAAGUCAUACCAUUUGGAGUGGAACAAAUUAAAGAAGAAUUUCCAGAUGAAAGCCUAUUCAAGAUUGAAUCACAGCCCUGGUUUGCUGAUAUAGCCAACUUUAAAGCUACACACCAUGUUCCAAAUUGGAUGAAUUGGCAGCAGAGAAAAAAAUUCUUCCAUGAUAAAUUGUUUGACAUGUGGGGAAUAGACUUCAUGGGUCCUUUCCCUACCUCAUUCUCGAAUGAGUACAUGCUUGUAGCAGUGGACUAUGUGUCCAAAUGGGUGGAAGCAAUUCCUACCAGAAACAAUGAUGCUAAGACUGUUAUUGCAUUUAUCAAAAAGAACAUUUUUUCAAGAUUUGGAGUGCCCAGAAUUCUGAUAAGUGAUGGAGGAAGCCAUUUCUGCAACAAAUAUCUAGAAUCAGUCCUAGAGAAGUAUGGAGUAAAGCAUAGAAUAGCUACACCCUAUCACCCUCAAACAAGUGGUCAAGUGGAGGUUUCCAACAGAGAAAUAAAACAUAUUUUGGAGAAAAUAGUUAGUAGUUCAAGGAAGGACUGGUCUAAGAAAGUGGAUGAUGCUUUGUGGGCAUACAGGACAGCUUUCAAGACACCAAUUGGCAUGUCUCCUUAUCAAUUAGUAUAUGGAAAAGCCUGCCAUUUACCAGUGGAACUAGAACAUAAAGCUUUUUGGGCUGUGAAAUGGUUGAAUUUUGAUCAAGUGAGUGCAGGAAAUAAAAGAUUGUUACAGCUGCAUGAAUUAGACGAGUUUAGACUCAAUGCAUAUGAAAAUGCCAACAUGUAUAAGGAAAGGACCAAAAAGCUGCAUGACAAGUUUAUUCUAAAAAGAGAUAUAAAACCUGGGCAGUCUGUUUUGCUUUUUAAUUCAAGAUCCAAAGGAUGGGAGAGAGUUCAAGGUGAAUGGACAAAGACUAAAAAUCUAUCAUGGAGGUCAAAUUGA